AUGGCUACGCAGAUCCCUCCCGUCCGCUGGGUGAAGGACCGGCACAAGGGAAAGAAGUUCUUUAUGGAAGCUCUGAGGAACCGCGACGACUGGAUAUGCCGCGUCAGACAGAAGGAGUCCAUCCCCGCACCGAAAGCUGAAGACGACGGAGACGAAGAAUUCUAUGCAGACAUCAAGGAGGGUUUCGCCGAUCUGGACGAGACUCCGGCCGCUCCCGAUAUGCAGACCUUAGCGGCAGUCCUCGUCUGCUCGGGAUUGAUCGUGCUGCUGCUCUCUCACGUAUGUCCCCCUCUCAGCGAGUCUUCGAAGCACCUGAAAGCGGCCAUCGCGGAGCAAGCGGAGGCGGCCAUCGCUGCGGUCGACAGCGGUCGGAAGGACGCGAGGACGCGGCUGCGCAACAAGAUCCACAACAUGGAGAAGCAGGUCCGGCAGUUCAAGAAGACAGCCAACGAGCGGCUGAAGGUCGUGCAGGCACAGAAAGACAAGAAGGCGAAGAGCGACAAGAAGGGCUCGGAGAAGAAGUCAAAGACAUCAUCCAGGAAGAAGCGUUCCGCGAGGACGAGCAGGAGGGUCUUGAUCCCGGUGCAAGGGGCUCCGCAACAACCUCAGCGCAUGAAUCAACCGCAGCUGGCAUCGUUCAUUCCCAUAUGA